CCGGCAGUUAAGCGCAGACCGGUCCCGCAGAGGAUGGAGGGAUGGAGUCGCCCCAAGAGUUGCGCAGAGGUUCCAACGCAGCUGAUAACCGUGGCGGGCGGGUCCAUUCCCUGUACACAGCCCCUAUACUUCAGAGGAGUCCUCCUGCCAACCUGGAAAAUAUGCACAGCAGAACGUCGGGAUUUUCUGCGGUUCGUUACACCCAGGACCAAAACAAGACCGUGAAUGGUCUGGACCAAAACAUGCCCAAGGACCAGAACAAGGAGGGCGCUGGGUACCGGCUGCUCAAUAUGCUGAGAAUAACUCUUAAAGGGUCUGAAAUUAAAGAACCGGAAAUAACACCUGAAGUUCCGACUUUGGUACCAUUUGGGGACGUGGUUGGCUGCAUUGCUAUUCAUAUAAAGAACUGCAGACAUUUCACGCCUAAGAUCAGUUUACAACAUUUCAAAAAUUUGUUCAUUCGCAUCUCUAUAAACAACAUUGUGAAAUGUACAAAAGUGUGUAGCUUGGCAUCCCCAAAUGGUGAAAAGUACACUACAGUUAAUUUUGAUGACACAAAGUACUUUUCUGUACAGGUUCCCAGGCGUCAAGAUGAUGAGCGGAAUAAUAUAUACUUGGAACUAAUGCAAUAUAGAAGUACAGAAAAAUAUCCUCUCUUACUAGGGAGUGUUAAGGUACACCUUUAUGAUGUAAUUCAGAAAGGGUGCUUUAAUGAAGAAUUUGAAAUGUUGCAUAAAAACCUGCCUAUCUGCAAGGUGGCGGUGGAAUUUAUGUUCUCCUAUGGAAACUUUGGUUAUGGAUUUUCACAUCAGUUAAAACCUCUUCAGAAAAUUAACAAGCCAUCCAUGUUUAUGAAUAUUGCACCACCUCCAGGAAGAAUAGAUCCUGUGACAAAUGUUAUUACACCACAACCGAUAGAGUAUCCAGCAUUCCUAUCCCCAGACCUGAAUGUUACUGUUGGGACGCCAGCUGUAGUGCCCAACCAGUCCUCUGUAGUGCGACUUGAAAAACUUCGGCAACAACCUCGGGAAAGGCUGGAAAAAAUGAAAAAAGAAUACAGAAAUCUGAACACAUGGAUAGAAAAAGCUAACUAUUUAGAAGGAGUUCUUAACCCAAAAAUGGCCCAUCAAGAACUUAAGGAAAUUGAUACUGAGAAGUUACUAAAAAGCCUACGUGAAGCAGAGUCUGAAGUUUUUGAAGCAUCGGAUUUCCCUUUUGUAAUGGAGGAAGCUGAAACUGUUCCAAGUGAGUUGCUGGAUAAUGAUGAUAAGAAAAGCCUGACUCUACCAACUCUGAACCAGUCAAAUCAAGAUAAUUCAAGUGCUGUUGCUUCUGAAAGUGAUGAGUCAACAAAGCAAACAGAUGAAUCAGCAAAGCAAACAGACGAGUCAACAAAACAAACAGAUGAGUCAACAAAGCAAAAUGAACCAACAAAGCAAACUCCAUGGCCUGUCAUUCCUAUCCUGACAAUAACAGACGAGAACCAAACAUCACCUCUAGAAUACCAAUCAGAAGCUGCACCAGAGUGGGGGAAAAAUAUGUUCAUAACACCAGAUGUAAAAUGGAAAGAUAGAUAUCCAAAGCUUUUAAAAACAGACUCAUCUUCAUCAGAGGUGAUUUUUUCACCAAAGGAAAACAUUAUACCGUAUUUCAGACCAGAAUAUAUAGAAUCCAAACCAAAUUAUCAGUUCCAGAAAUUCAACCUUAAGAAUGGUUUUGAUCCUUUUCUAAGGAAUAUAAGCAACAAAACAUCAGUCAGUAAAAGGAAAGACCAAGAUAUGUCCAAAUAUAGAAACACUUCAAGUGCAGAGAUUAUAGAGCAUGAAGACCAAGAUCCUCCUUACCCAACAUACUCAAAAACUGCAACACCUACUAAUAAAACCUGGCCCUGUGAUCCUGGUAUCACCACAGUAAAGACUUUAGACACCAAGACUAAGUUAAAGUCAGCCUAUGAUCCUGAUUUCAUCACAGUAAAGACUUUAGACACUAAGAAUAAUUUAGCCUGUGAUCCUAACAUGACCACAAUAAAGACUUCAGAUACUAAGAAUAAGUUAGAAGAAAGACUACCAAAUGUAUCUCUACCUAAUUUUGAAGGAGAAUCAUCAGUGACUGGAAAUGUGAAUACAUAUCUCCUCUCAAAAUCAUUAAGUCUUACUCCCCACCUAGAAAAUUUAAAGCAAUCAAUGGUGCUCAAGUCAAUUUUAAGUAAAAAUCUGCAAGACCUAGCAGAUAAAUUAUUUUCUGAACCAGAGAUUCCUAUGGACCCUGAAGCAAGAAAGAAAAGUCAUAGUUCUCCACUUCUGAGUAUUCAUGAUGGAUCACAAAGUAGUUUGGAAAGUAAAGUAUUUGAAAAAGUCCAAGAUUCAAAUAUCUGUCUUCCAGAAAAAGACAUGGUACAUUCAAAGUCUCUUUUAAGACAAGUAACUAAAGAUAUUCUUGCAGAUUUACUUGAAAGUGGACCAUCACUUGAAGAUGGACCAAGAAAUUCUCCAGAGGUAGGAAGAGCACGUGUUUCACCUCCAGGUGAUAAACACCUGGAAGCUGAUGAGAUCAAUUUUCCACUUACAAAAAAUAAUCUCCAGAAGAAGCAUUCAAAAAUUGAAGUGUCUAGAUCCAAACCAGGUGUAAGUGACAUUGCAAAUGAUUAUGUUAUAAAGCAAAUAUUCACAGCACCUAUCUUCUCAGAGUUGGAAAUAGGAGAGAAAGAAUCGAGUGAGACACCAGUAAAUUUGCAGAAUCAAUUACCCACAGCUUGGGAGAACUUAUCUUCAAAUAUUCUACUUCAUUAUGAAGAAAUUGAUGAUGAAAUAGAAUUGCCACAGGCCAAAUCUGUCAUAAGCCAGAUAAUACAAGCAUUUCCUGUAGAUACUCUUUUGGAAUCUGGGAUAAUCAAAGUGAUAGAGUUAGAUAAAGAAUAUCAGAAGGGUUCUGUACAGGAUACAGAGACAGUCUUUGCUGAAGAAGAGCCAAAGUAUUCCACAGAGGAUUAUUCAGAAACCCAAAGAGGAGCAGAAUCUCUUUCAGAGAAGAAUACACUCCUCAUUCCCAAAGAAACCACUUCUUUUAAUAGCAAUGAAUAUACGGAUGAAGGUCAAAAUAUAUCCCUACAAGAUUCAAAAUAUCAGUCAACACCAGAUAAAAAAACAGAUACACUAAAUAAUAGUCAGAGGUUGAAUAGAGAAGAAAAUGAUCUAAAUUCUGCUUUAGAAAAUUUAAGUAACUCAUUAAUGGGUAAACUUAAUGACUCAGAUGUAAUAAUGUUAAAAUCCUUUUUAAAACAUAUGUUUAAAAUUUUUUUCAAAUAUAAUCAGUCUGAAAGAAGACAACCAGGGAAAGAAUUAGAAAGACUAAUUCACCAUCCUUUUCCAAAUAACACAGAAGACCUGGAAGAAAUUAGAGAGAAUUUUGAUAAAAUAGAUAAAUUAGACAGAAAACCUAUGUUGAGUCCAAAGCUGUGUGUAUUUCUAGAAGAACUCUCGGAGUCAGAAAUUAAAAAUUUAAAAUCUGAACUAAGUAAACAUAUCCAACAUUACCUUGUAGAAAGACUUUCAGAAACUGGACACAUCACCAAAGAAGACUUACCAAAAAUAUACCAAAAUCUGUAUUUGAUGAAUGAGAAAGUGGAACCAAAAGGGCAAAAUAUUUUUCUGGAAAAAUAUUCAGAAACUAUAAAAGAAAUCAUGUCUUUUGUAAAUAAUUUUAAUCAUCAUUUCAUAGAUAAACAUUUGGAAAUAAAGCUAAGAUCUUUCUUAAAUGAAAUUCUCCAAAACUAUUUCCUAAAAAACCUUUCAGAAAGCAGUUUAUUUAGAGAGACCGAAUCUGAGACUGUCAGCUCAAACAUGUCUUCUCUAAGAACUAAAAGUGCUUCUGUAUCAUUUCAUGAGUUAGGACAAGAUAUUUCAAGGGGGAGUUUUGGGAAAAGACUUGACUUAAACAUGAAAUACCCUUUAAAUAAAUCUCUGCAAAACUAUCUUAUAGGUUUAUCAGAAAAUGAACUAUUAAAUCUAAAAGCUGAUUUAAGCAAACACUUCCAGAGCCUUUUUAUAGAAAGACUUUCAAAAUCAGGACUAAUCACAGAAAGGCAAUUAGAGGGGCUCAACCAGCGUAUAAAUUUGAUCAAUUCUAGUUCCAUACCAUUAAAAUGUAUAAAGCCAGAUUUAUCUUCUAGAAAUGAAAAUCAAUUUAUGGAGGAGAAUUCAGAAAAGAAAAAUAAAUAUUCAAAAAUUAUUCAAAAAACUACUCUACAAAAAGUUCCUGAGGGGAGACUUGUAGAAACAGAACUAACCAAAAAGAAAGAAAAGGAAUAUUUUUCCUUACAGAAUAUUGAGGAAAAUCCAUCAAUAAUUGGGGAACAGAAAAGAUACUAUCCUAAAGAAGGAGCCAAACCUCUGAGAUUAAUUAAAGUACAACCUUCUUUCAUCAGAAAUACCCAAGUGAUUCCAUUAAAUAUGUCAUCAGAAAGACUUACAGACAAAGUGCUUAAGAAACAAAGGAAAGAACAUGGUUUCAUGCAGCUUCCUCGAGCAGAAAACUAUUAUUUUAAAACAGAAAUUCAAGACUCAAAAGCAACUCAGUCAAAUAUUUGCCUUGAAAGGACACUAAAAAUGAAGUCCCUUGAAAAAAGGGAGCAUAAUCUCUAUAAACUGAUGGCACAGGAAAAACCGGAAGCAGUACUGUCUUCAUAUCCAAGAAUUCCCAAUUACGAAAUGUCAAGUGAAAAUGAAGAACAUAUAUACAAAUACACUUUUCCUUCCAGGCAGAAUAACAUUUUAAGUUAUUUCAGUUUAGAGGUUGGGGAGAAAUCAAAGCUAGAAGACCAGUAUAUUCAGAGGUUGAAAGGAAAUAAUAAUAAUAAUAAAAAACAUCUAGUAACAUUGGCACAAUACAAAAAAUUACAUACUCUUUCUGUACAGACAAAUGGAAUUUGUAAUGAAAAGCAUGCCAAGUUCCCUGAAUCACAGUCGUUUAAAUACAAAGGUGUGGAUGCUGAGAAAAACUCAAAACCAUCCCUCUUCCCAGAAGUAUUAAAGAGAGAAAAUCUAAAGCUCAAGUUCCGAAAAGAAAGAGACCAUGGCAACAAACAAAAAAAGUCCUUCAGCAAGAUGGUUAAGAUACUACCAGCCUCACUGCCCUCUGCGAGAAUUCUAAGGAAAUCUGUUCCAAGGACAUUGCUUCACUGGACCGCAAGAACAACUAUACAUGAUUGUUCGGAUAGAUUUGAGGAUAUACCCGUGACCUCAUUUAAGCAUGUUGAGCAAGCAAAAUCAAGAGCAAGGCUUUUAGGAAAAAGCCCGGAUGAUAACCAUAAUCACUUAAAACACUUUGCAAGACCAAAUACCGCUCCAGAGGUUCACAAACGGCGAGAGAACUACAACGGAAAAUUAACAAGUCCUCGAAUGAUUUCAGCAGGCUUAGUUCACAUAAAUGAUGCAAUCCCAGAUUAUGAAAUCCAGAAAAUGAGGCAAAAAAAGAAAUUAAAAGAGAAUAUUGAAAAGUGUUCGCUCAUCUGUGAUAUUAUACAAAUGUUAAAAGUUCAGAAUAAUAUCUAAGGCCAACAGUCAAUUUCUCCAAUGAACAAAAUGGUUUGGAGAUCUGUCCUUCUGUGUGAUAGAUGUCAACAACCAAAUUUCAACUUGUUAGAACCAUUUUGUUUUAAUUAAAAUGAAAAAG